GGUCGAGGGAGAAGCAGCGAAGAAUAGGAAAAGAAAUUCCUCAACAGAACAAAAGUCCUCCCCACACACAAUCAAAGAUGCAAGUGCACUCCGUUCGUCCCGCAUUCCCUCGCAUGUUACGCCGUGCAGCAGCGCGAUGUGUAAUCAAUUAAGAAUCAGUUGUCCGCACAAAGAGAGACGGCCGUGAGUAAGCUUUCGGGGCCAAUCGAUGUCGGCGACGGCAGCGUAAGCAGCGUGUGGUGCGACAGGUCAAUAAUGAUUCAUCGCUGUGCGCUAGCAGCAACGCACCACAGUGUUGUUGUGGUGGUGGUGUUGACGGUGCUGGAAAACGGGGCAUUUUCAGGGCUUUCCAUCGGUGGUGCUGAUUAAGCGGUGGCUGCAGUACAACUCGCUCCAACUUGAAGAAAGUGGAAAAGAUUCGAAAAUCUAUACCGCGUACGGCUCAGUGUACGCGCAAUUGAGCCAGAAGGACACCAGCCAGCCAGCCAGCCAGCCCACAAGAGACCAUUUCUCGCUGGGUGUCACGAGAGACGACGGUGUGUGCGUGUGUGGGCAUCGUGUAGUGUGACGUCUGUGUGAGUGCGUACGUGCGUAUGUGUGGGCUGAUCCUUUGAAGUGUUUCUUGUUAUUGUCCCCGUGGGUUGUGACGGUAGCACCCCCGGAUCGUCCUUUCUUAUUGCCGUACGCAAACACUUCUCUUAUUGAUACGUAGGAGGACACGGACGGACUGUGUCGAUGAGUGAAAGCUUGGAAGAUAGUCCACUGUCGGACAAUAGGAUGGACAUAUCGGAGAACACGACCUCGCACGGCUCGUCGCCUCCACUGCCGGUGGAAGGGUCGCCGGACUACUCUCCAGUGCACGACUCGGGCGGUGUGUCGGUGGGGCAGCAACCGCUGCUGUCCCACUGUCCCUCCGAUACGGCACUUGGCAACGGCGUAGAACGUUCGCACGAUGCUACGAGCGCAACGACUGGCGCCACGACGGAAUCGAUAGCAAUACACAAGCUGACGAUAAACAGUGCGCCGGCGGUCGUAUCCCCGCGGCUCACGACGACCAUCACGGCCGGUCUCACGCCCGUCAGCAGCCAUCCGCUGAUGAUGUCACCGACGGGCAGCGAAUCGGACGUGUCGGAGUUUCUGGCCGAAACGGCACAGCAGCAGCAGCCGGCCGGCUGCCGCGAGGUGACACCCGUGCGCAACUACUACCACUACCCGGACGUGGUGCCGGCGAGCGAGCAGCCACUGCGGCUGGCCAGCCCGUACGCCAAUCGGGGAGCGCGCACGGAAACGCGCGCGGCGAACGGAUCGAUAGCAGCCGACGAGAAGCGUUCUCACGUAGCCAUGGUGACGCCAGCCAGGCGUGGUAAAAGUUCGCCAGCUAAGAGGCAGCCGGCAGCGGACGGCUCGAAAGGCAGAGCGACGGUACCGGCCGCCACCUCGACGCUUGACGUUAUUAACAACGUCAUCCACAGGGAUGACGAAAGUGGAGGUGGUGGUGGUGGUGGAGGUGGAUUGCCUGCCGUGCCGCGUCAACUAGCUACGGAGGACAUGGGAUCGGAUUUCUUCAGCACCGACUCGGAAGGGGGCGAACCGUUCGAUGAGGAAGAUGUGUCGCUGUUUCAUGCUUCCGUGACGCCGACCUUUCAGUCGGUGGCCCUGCACGCUUCGCCGCCCCAGUCCGAUGGACCGUCGCCGACCGGUGGUGGGCAGCAGCGGAAGCAGAAACAUCCUUCGAAAUCGAUCUCGCCCCGGUUGCACCAGCGCCGCAAAGUUCCACUGCCGAGCGAUCUGCUCGUGGACGACGUCAGCUCGAUGGAGGACACGCUGUCGAACCAGAGCGUGGACGAGCUGCAGCAGAACCUGGUGUCGCUGAGCCCCUCGUCCUCGAUUUUGGAUGACAAUGGCUUCAACGUCGAUAUCGAUGAGGAUUUCCUCGACCUGCCGGGCACACCGAAAGCGACGGGAUCGUCGGCGGACGCGGGCCACGAUGCCGUGCUGGGACGGUCUUCCACCCUGCCCCAGUAUUCGGCCCGCGAGGAAGCGCGCGACAUACGGAACUGGCAGAAGAUCACGCUGCCGGAUGGGAAAACGCGCGAGAUCGAUAUGAAGGUGAUCGAACCGUACAAGUGUGUGCUGUCGCACGGUGGCUACCUGCAGUCCGGUGGCCACAACGCGAUCGUGGUGUUCAGUGCGUGCCAUCUGCCGGAUCGAUCGCGGGCGGACUACCACUACGUGAUGAACAACUUGUUCUUGUACGUGGUGAAAACGCUCGAGCAGCUGGUCACCGAGGACUACGUGCUGGUGUAUCUGCACGGUGGCUCGAGCCGUGGCAACGUUCCUCCCUUUCCGUGGUUGAAAAAAUGUUAUCAGUUGCUGGAUCGUAGACUGAGAAAAAGCUUGCGCAAUCUUUACAUGGUGCAUCCGACGUUUUGGCUAAAGAGCGUCGUCUGGAUGGCGCGGCCGUUCAUAAGUUCUAAAUUCUGGCGAAAACUCGUGUACGUGACUUCGCUCGAGGAGCUGUACAAGCUUGUGCCGGUGGAGAAGGCAGCCGUUCCGGAUAAGGUGAAGAACUACAACGCUCGGUAAAGUAAUUCACUACUCAGUACGCGAUUCAUAAUGGUGUUAGGGAAGACGGGGUGCAAUAUUUUUCCUCAAUCGUUUGUACGUUUAUUUGUCAUGUUUUUUCCCCUAUUUAAUGAUGAAGGGCCUAUCCUUGCAUUCUUGUGUUUGUGUAUGUGUGUUUGUGUCUGGGAGGACGCGGAAGUACUGAUCUCCUUAUGUGUUUGUCUCUUGUGUGUUCGAAAAGAUUUCGAUUCCAACGGUAAUGGGAAGGGAAAGAAGGUAGCAAUGAAGAAACAUGCAAAAGUGAACGUAAGCAUCCCUGUGCGGCGUGUCUGCAAAGACUUUGCACUGUAAUCGAUGAAAACAAGCAAUGAUAUCUUUAAGAAGUAGAUGAAAUCGACAUAUAAUAUGAGCAAGAGGUAGCAAGCUAGUGCGAAAUCUGCGUAGAACGUAGCGGUAGUUAUCGCAAUGCACUUCUCAUCUCAGCCCAGCUGGCCGCUAGUGCCAUGGGCGUCACUAUCAAUCAAACGAAAUGGUAGAAUAGAAUUCGAAAGAACGGGAUCCGGUGCAAUUUGGUGCCGCUCGUUGUUUUCUUUUGUCCUUUCGGGUAGAUAAAUACGACACUACUGAAACGAAUCGAAACGUUGGUUCCAGGAACCCCGUUGCUAGUUAAAUCGUGGCUGGAGAGAUGAAUCGGUGGAGAGUAUUAGUAUUGAGAGUAGAAUUGUGAACGCAUAUCGAACUGCCUAAAGAAUGGGAUACAUAAUCUGAUCUCGGUUAGUGUGUGUGUGUGUGUGUGUAGUGAAGGCUUUUUGGAAGAUAGAUUGUGCAAAGUCCUAAGCCACGCGUAGCUCGGUCGACUGUUGCCGUGUGCGAACUGAAGAACCGAUGAGAUUAGUUUGCGGAAAUGAAAAAUCUAGCCACACUGGGACUCGAAUUAGGUUUACGAAUAUAAUGAUUCUUAGAUUACACCGAGUAAGCUUGUUUGAUUCAAUUUUUCAAAGCUUUGUUUCGUGAUAAAGAGUACUAUCCAUCUAAGACAAACUCGCAAAUACAAGGAAUACAAUAUGACACAUUACCAAAAAAGAAAGAACAAAACAAAAUCGAAUUUCCCUAAACGGGAAGGAACUGCCUGAUUGUAUUAGCAACGUAGGAGCUGAUAUCUUUCUCCAUAUUGGCGAAGCGCACUGACACGUGUUAUCGGGGCGAAGCCUGGCACGAGCACGAGUGCACGCUGGAAGAUAAAUACUGAUAAUAACUAUUUUUUGUAAGAACACAACAUAAAGCAAUGCAGAAACAAUAAUGUUAAAACAAGAAUACCGGACGCCAGGGAAAUCAAUCAUUCCGGCAAAACAGAACAAAAACUAUGUACCAGAGCUGGGACAUAAACUUGUUGACGCUGUUGUAAAAGUAUGUGUUUUGUAAGUAUCUAAUUUUGUACGAGAAAGAUUUCCGACACGCGCGUCAGUAAUGAUUUCAGCUGUGUUAGCUUAUUAAACCAGAAACAACAAUUGAAACUAAUACAGCGGAUAAUCCGUCGAACAGAUAGAAUAUCAUUUCCAUAAGAAAUAUUAGAGAUGUAUGGAAUAUUUUCCUAAAGAUAAAAAAAAAACAAACAGUAUAACCCAGACUGCUGGAAGAGGUUGGAAAAGUUGUUGUUAAAUUGUUAAACAAAAGACCAAUAUUUAGACCUUUGCGUCAGAGACCGAAGCUAAUUGGAAAUGUAUGGUUUGGCUAAAUGGCAAUGGUUUGUUUGUGUGUGUGUGUGUGCAAAAACGCACUUGAAAUUAUCCGGUAUCUAUAAACUCCAGUACAAAACAAAACGAUACGACUACUUAAGCCAGCCACACCCUCUAUUGCAAAAACCAAUACUCAUACCAAUCUUCUUCGCAAAGCAAAAUGGGAAUCCUGGUUUGUAUACCAGCGCAGUAUGCAAAAGUUUUCCGUUAGUCCGGUAUACGGGUUAGGCGAAUCGUGCGAGUUGUAGCUAUAGAACGAUGAAAAGCAGCAUUUACAUUUAUUCUAAAUGUGCGUGUAUUGUGAAAAGUAGUGAAACAUUUGGGAAACCAAAACGGUGUUGUAAGCAAAAGCAUGAUGUUAGGAGGUAAAUUUGUGUUGAUCUACUGUUUUCUGAAGAUUUUCUGUUAUCUUUUCUGUUUUUUUUUCUUUUUUUUUCAUAGAGACUUUCAGCCAAUUGGCUUCAUUUGCCUCAGAGAUAUGUUUUGGUCAGUAACUAGUUUGGGUUCUAUUUUAUCCUUCCGUUGUACUCUUUCUGAGCAAAUAGUUACUUUGUGCACUGCUUGUUUGUUUGUUUUUGUCUAAUUGGUGCUGAAUCGAUCUUUAUUUUUACGGCACCAUUGGAAAUGUACAGCUCAUUGAAUUUAUUUCGAUAAUGUAACGAGUUUCAAGCAUACAUACGCAAACCUUUGUUUGGUUUGUUUGGAUUUUAUCGAUUGAACUUUGCUUUGCGUGAAGUUUAAUAAGAAGCCACCGAUCACAGUUUACCUCCUAAUGCAUGGUACGAUCUCAAUGGGAGCAAGACUAUGUAUUGAAUCGUGAAAAUAAACCUCCAUAAUUGUAGUGUUCACGCAGA